AUGAGUGCAGAAACUGAUGGGCAGAGUGGAUUUUACACGGACACCGUGGGAGGCCCCACACAGCUUUGGGUUACACGGGAUCCGUGUAACAGGUAUUACACUGAAUUUCUAGUACGCCUAAUCCUACUAAAAAACUCACACUCAUCAGCUCUCUAUUUAUACUUCCGUCUUUCCUCAUUGCAAACACAAACGAAGAGAACUCUCUCUCUUAGAAAGGAAGAGAAGAUGGCGUCUCGCAGUAACAGCUUCGUAGCGAUUCUUGCGAUGCUAGGAUUGCUGAUGGGAUUCUGUUCAGGACAGGCGCCGGGAACCGCGCCAUCAGCAGCUCCUAGAGUCUCUCCAACGCCCGCCCCCGCCGUUACUCCGCCGUCUGCCUCUCCGUCUCCGUCUCCUUCCGCUCCUUCUCCGGCUCCAAAACCACCGGUUUCGUCUCCAUCUCCGUCCAGCGUCGUUUCUCCUCCUGCCCCACCUCCAUCGUCUCCCUCUCCAAUCUCCAACCCACCAUCAGCCAAUUCCCCGCCCGGAAACAGCGCUGCUCUCCCCGCCUUGAACAGAAUCUCUGUAGCCGGAUCUGCUAUCUCUGGCGUCUUCGCCGCCUUGUUGCUCUUUUAG